UCCUUUCCCAGAAAAAGGCAACCUCCUCCGCCACAUACAUUUUACAAGGGAAGAGAUUUGACAGAUUUUUUUGGAGAGAAAUGCAAGCAAAUCUCAGAGUAGAAGAGCUUUAGAACCACUCCAACAUGUCUUGCUUUCUCAGCUCAAUCUCUUCUUCCUCUUUCAUAUCCGUCUCUCCCAACUCAACAUUCGCUUCUGUUCCCCAAAACUCCGACAAACCCAGAAUCCACUGUGCCCUUGGAGGGACUGUUGCAGAACCAAAAGUAGUCAAUGCAACUGAACCCAUGUUGCUUAAUGCUGUUCGAGGGCUGGAAGUAGAAAGACCCCCAGUUUGGCUUAUGAGACAAGCAGGGAGGUACAUGAAGAGUUAUCAAAUCAUCUGUGAGAAGCAUCCUUCUUUUCGUGAAAGAUCAGAAAAUGUUGAUCUUGUAGUGGAAAUUUCUCUACAGCCUUGGAAAGUUUUUAAGCCUGAUGGGGUCAUAUUGUUCUCGGACAUUUUAACCCCUCUUGCUGGGAUGAAUAUACCUUUUGACAUUGUAAAAGGGAAGGGCCCUAUUAUAUUCAAUCCUCUGAGCACAGCUGUUGAUGUUGAUCAAGUGAGAGAAUUCGUUCCUGAGGAGUCAGUUCCGUAUGUUGGGGAAGCAUUAACUAUCUUGAGAAAAGAGGUUAAUAAUGAAGCGGCCGUACUGGGUUUUGUUGGGGCUCCCUUCACCCUGGCAUCAUAUGUGGUUGAAGGUGGUUCGUCAAAGCACUUCACAAAAAUAAAGGGACUAGCUUUCUCUCAACCCAAGGUCCUUCAUGCACUACUUCAGAAAUUUGCAACUUCCAUGGCAAAAUACAUUCAGUACCAAGCUGAUAGUGGAGCUCAAGUGGUUCAGAUCUUCGAUUCAUGGGCUACAGAGCUUAGUCCAGUUGAUUUCGAGGAAUUCAGUCUUCCAUACUUGAAGCAAAUCGUGGAUUCAGUGAAGCAAACACAUCCGAAUCUUCCACUAAUCCUCUAUGCAAGUGGGUCCGGGGGGUUGCUUGAGAGGCUACCAUUGACGGGCGUUGACGUGGUUAGCUUGGACUGGACGGUUGAUAUGGCUGAAGGACGGAGAAGGUUGGGGCCUGAUGUGGCAGUUCAGGGCAAUGUGGAUCCAGGUGUUCUUUUUGGUUCAAAAGAGUUCAUUACUAGUCGUAUAAAAGAUACUGUGAGAAAAGCUGGUAAAGGUAAACAUAUAUUGAAUCUUGGUCAUGGCAUUAUAGUAGGUACACCAGAAGAGAAUGUUGCUCAUUUCUUUGAGGUUGCGAAAGGUAUCAGAUACUAAACGCAGAUUUGAGACUAGUUGGAUUAAUGUUAUGUUCGAUUUUUAUGCAUCAGUAAUUCUCUUUUUGAGCUCUUAUUCAACUAGGGUUUUGGAUAAAAUAAAGAUAAUGUUGGGGAUCGGGGGUCCUCAACAUCUUAUUUGUAUGAGACUCAGCCUUGAAAUCAAAACAUCAUCUUCACUUGAUUGGCCAAAGAUAGGGUCAAGCCAAA